UAAUCCAGCAAUUAAGCUCUGCCCGCCGUUUUCAGCGCUCUUUGCAAGCGUGCUUUGCCUGUCCGACCCGACGCCUAGGUAAUUGAAACGUGAGAAAAAACGCACAGGGAAACCAUUGGGGGAAGAUCCACGCCCCCCGGGUGGCGUGAAUAAUUUUGCCAAUUAAGAGAGUUGAGCGUGCGGCAUUCCAAGUGGAGGCUGGGUGGCCGAGUCAGUCACUCCGAGACGGUGCUAUCAGCAGCAUGCUUAAGUUGCAGCCCGAGCUGGACGUGGUCCGGGAAAAGCCAGAGUCGACAUCCAACACGGAGGACAGCCAACUGGAUACGAUUAUCGUUCAGAUUGGACAGUUUGGUCGCUUCCAGAUCACCAACUAUCUGCUACUCUGCCUGCCCAUCAUUUGCAAUGCCUUCUACUCAAUCUCGUACAUAUUCACCGCCGGUAUUAUGGACCACAGAUGCAAUAUUACCCAGUGCGACAGCCUGGACAGCAGCUACUCUGCUUCAUUUUUAGACUUCACGACCCCAAACAGCCAUGGCGCAUGGGCUCAGUGUGAGCACUUUGCAUUCAGCUCUGACAUUGACACUGUAACUGCAGCUGCAGCGUGCAAUGAAAGCAAUUUUAAUCAGAGUCGCCUGAUCAGCUGUGAGGCAGGCAUCAAGCUGGCAGAAGACGAACAUACCAUAGCAAGCGAGUUUGGAAUCUUUUGCGCCGAUCAGUGGAAGCUCUCGAUGGUGGGCACAGUCAAUAACAUAGGACAGUUUGUGGGUAUACCCCUUGGAGGAUAUUUAGCAGAUCGAUAUGGUCGCAAAACCCUCCUCGUCAUAAGUGGAAUUCUCAGCGCUUUCGCCGGACUGGCACGCUCCCAUGCCCCAAACUAUUACAUUUUCCUUGGCUUCGAGUUCCUGGACAUGGCCGUGGGCAGCACUCUCUUUCCCACCGCCUUCCUAAUGGCCCUCGAGCUGGUUGGCCCGAAGCACCGCGUGCUGGCUGCCACUUCAAUCACCCUCACCUAUGGUUUGGCCGAGGCUGCCCUGGGCUACCUGGCCGACUACAUCAGGGAUUGGCGGGUACUGCUUCGCGUGCUUUACACCCCGGCACUGCUGCACUUGAUCUUUAUCUGCCUGCUGCCGGAGAGUGUGCGCUGGCUGCUUAGCCAGUCCAAGGAACUGGACGCCAUGAACAUUCUGCGCAAAGUGGCCCGGGUAAAUCGAAAAGCCGUGUCGGAGCAGCAGCUGAGUGAGUUGAUGCGCUCCAACCGCAAGCUCGUGGCUCAGUCCACGGCCGCAGGAGGCCACUACAGCAUGCGGCAGAUUGUUAAUGCUCUGGGCUGGCGCAUUGCCCAGUGCUGCUUCGUGUGGUUCACCCACACCUUUAUUGCCCUCGGCUUGAGCCUGAACUCCAGCGAGCUUUCGGGCAGCAAGUUCGAGAACUUCAGCAUGAUGGGGUUCAUACAGCUGCCCGGCUCCCUUCUGGGCACAAUGAUAAUGCAUCGCAUUGGCCGUCGCUGGGCUCUGACCUCAUGCAUGGCCUGUUGCACAAUCUUUCUACUGGCUGUGCCUGCCCUGCAGGAAGUUUACCCGGUUACCUCCUCAGUGCUAUAUUUCAUGGCCAAGAUGACUUCAACGGGCAGCUUUGUGAUUUUGUACUUCUUCACCUCUGAGAUCUUCCCCACGAGCUGCCGGAACAGUCUGCUCUCCUUCUGCUCGAUGGUUGGUCGCUUUGGAUCCAUGCUGGCUCCCCAAACUCCUCUGCUGAUUCCCUACUACAAGUACUCUCCCCACUUUCUCUUUGCCAUUUUUGGCUUUGUCUGCGCCUGCCUCACGCUGUACUUUCCGGAAACCACAAACAAGGCACUGCCCACUACGCUGGAGGAGGCACGCUCCCUCGACAGAAACAUGCCAAAGCCCCCGGCAACAAAAAGUGCCGUUUAAUCG